GGGGCCAGUUGGUUCGUGUACUUGGACAUGCCGGGCAUUUAUGAUUCGGAGGGCGAAGACGUGCUGCAGCCAGCAGAGGACUGGUGCUCCGCGUGCGGUUUGGCGAGGUGCGCCUACCCGAGUCUCUCGACAUUGCAGGUGAAAGAGAAGUUUAAAGGAGACCCAGGGUUUAAGACUGAAUUCAACCACAUUAGAAGAUCUUUGGCGACGGCUGUCGCGUGCAAGCUCAAGCAACAGCAGAUCACUGUUAGCGACGAGCUGGUUCUAGAGGUUUCCACUCGCAUGGCGUUCACAUUGUAUAACGUGUUCACGACAAAGUUCACGGCCCCAGACACGAUGAAAGUGAAGGUCGUCAAGUUGCGCGGGCCCGAGGGGGCGCAUAUCGAGGGCGCGUUGGUGAGAUUUGAAGGAUUGCCAGAUGACAUGCCACACAUGGCGGUGGAAGCGAAGUCCAGGUCCAGCGUUUCCCUCGCGACUUUCGUCUUGCAGCCAGACCAGUUGGCGCGGAGAGGGCAGGCCGACGAGCGCCGCGAGAAGCAGAGGGAGAAACACGCGCAGUCGCUCCCAUUCGAGUUGAAGGUCGCGUCCUUUGCCAACACAGAUACCUACGAUUCCAUGAUCAAGAGGUUCGCUGAGGGAGAGGACCCCGAGAACCAUUCAGCCGCGCAGAGUGCAGCGCAGCAGCAGAACCUGUCUGUUGCGGGGGGAGUCGGACUUCGGCGCGUCGGCGGCGCUGAUAGCGAUGAGGAGCAGCUCGAG